AUGGUAACGCGUCUCCUGCUUUCUAGCAAAGUGCCAGAGGAGAGGAGAGCUGCUACAAGCUUUGCUCUGCCACCAAGACACAGUAUGGAAGCCAUUGCCAAGUUCGAUUUCAGUGCUUCUGGAGAGGAUGAGUUGAGCUUCCGUGCUGGGGAUAUGCUGAAGGUUUUGAGCUCCCAGGAAGAGUGGUACAAGGCAGAGCUCAGGAGUCAAGAGGGCUACGUUCCUAAGAACUUCCUUGAUUUUCACGUUCCCCCCUGGUUUGAUGAGAGGAUAUCCCGUCACGAAGCAGAGAACAUCCUCAUGAGCAAAGGAGUUGGCUCCUUCAUUGUCCGAGCCAGUCAGAACUCUCACGGUGACUUUUCCAUCUCUGUCAGGCAUGAAGAUGAUGUGCAACACUUCAAAGUUAUGAGGGAUUCAAAGGGUAACUAUUACUUGUGGACAGAGAAAUUCCACUCACUAAAUAAACUGGUGGACUACUACAAGACAACUUCCAUCUCCAGGCAGAAGCAGAUCUUUCUGAGGGACAACAGCCGAGAAGAGAAGGAGAGGCGUGGUGGGAGCCUGGAACGGAUGGGCCGGGAAGGAUUCCACCUGGGUGGAGCAGCUAGAGAAGAUCAUACUUCUAUAGCCAGGAGAUAUGUAGAGCAUCCUAUCCCUGUACUGCAGCAGCAACAGGACAGAUAUGGUGGGAGUCUGGACAGGAAAGAUGGGCUUCAUGGACUAAGGGAUCACGGCCAAGGAAGUGCAGCAGCUAUGCAACAGAGACACACAGAAGCACUGCAUCAGCAGACAUCACGAACGUUAUGGGUCCGUGCCUUGUAUGACUUUGAUGCUGUGGAGUAUGAUGAGCUGGGCUUCCGCAGUGGAGACAUCUUAGAGGUCCUGGACAGCUCCAACCCAUCAUGGUGGAAAGGACGUCUGCGUGGUGAACUGGGUCUCUUCCCUGCCAACUAUGUCACACCUGUGCUUCUGUGA